AUGAGAGCCGUGGUACUACUCGAACGGAAUAGAAAACGUCCGCCAGUACCAAGUAAAAUACUUCCUAGUUCUGUAAUAAUGGUAUUAUCGGAUUCAAGGAACAUCCGCGUCUCUAUUAAAUCUUCAAUGAUGUCGACGUCGUAUCAAGGCAAUGUACAUAAGUAUAAUGAGUUCCAGAACGCGGAACGAUUUACGUUUAUUUCGUGUAAUUCAAGGAAAGGUUUAUCAGAUGAAUCUAUUCGAAUACGACAUCAGAGUUUCGCGUAAAAUUCUGUUCACGCGUGUAGAAAGCAAAGAAUAAAAUGUUAUUCUUUUUUCUUUGUGCUAUCUUCGUUCUUUUUUUUUUUUUUUUUUUUAUUGAAUUUAAUUAAGCUGAAACUCAGCUUAGAAAAAGAACAACUUGCUAGAUUCAAGGACAUGUGUUUCCUGGAAAUAUUUAUGAAGACAUAUUCAUGA